AUGCUGUCUCUUUUAAUAACUGGUCCAAGGCAACCUGGACACGACAUUGAUGUUUUCCUUAAGCCCCUUGUUGAUGAUUUGAGAAAGAUGUGGGACGAAGGAGUUUCUGUUUAUGAUGCCCAUAAGAACGAGAUGUUCCUAAUGCGUGCAGCCCUGAUGUGGACCAUUAAUGAUUUUCCCGCAUAUGGCAACCUGUCCGGGUAUAAGAACAAAGGGCAUAAAGCAUGUCCUGUUUGUAUCGAUGACACACCAAACGUGUACCUUGAACACUACGGCAAAGAUGUGUACGUGAGGACCCGACGAUUUCUUCGGCGCGAUCACCCAUAUCGUAGGCAGAAAAAGGCCUUCAAUGGGAAAGUUGAAGAAGGGGUUGCACCUAGGCCAAUGAGUGGACAUGAGGUGUAUGGUCGAGUGAAGGGUAUACCAACUGUUUUUGAGAAGAAUGUUUGUGAUGCAGUUGUUGGGACAAUAAUGGGUAUUCAUGGCAAGACAAAGGAUGGGAAGAGCGCCCGAUUAGAUUUGGAAGCGUGGGGUGUUCGUCCGGAAUUGUGGGUGCAGCCAAAGGAAGGGAAGGCAAUGGUAAUGGAAAAGGUAAGGGAAGAUGGUGGCAAUAAACGUAAGGGGGAGCGUAAAGGAAAGGGCAUCGGUGUAUCAAAGAAGAAAGAUGAAAAGGUCAAAGUGCUCGAUCCUUUUACACUUGAUGCUCUCCAGGCGAAUGUAGUUGUAACAUUGUGCAAAUUUGAGAUGUAUUUUCCACCAUCAUUUUUUGACAUCAUGGUGCAUUUGGUCCUUCAUUUGGUUCGUGAGAUCAAGAUGUGCGGUCCAGUCUUUAUGAGGUGGUGCUAUCCUUUUGAAAGACACAUGGGUACAUUACAACAUAAAGUCAGGAAUCCAGCCCAUCCAGAAGGUAGUAUGAUUCAAGGGAUUGUGGCGGAGGAGAUUGGUAAUUUCGUGGCGGAGUAUGUUGCCGUUGCCGAACCAAUUGGGCUUCCCACUUCCCGACAUGAAGGGAGACUUGAUGGUCAUGGCACACUCGGGUCGAAACGGAUCUCACCUACUCAUGAUCAGUUCUUGCAAGCUCACUUAUUUGUGCUUCAUCAUGUUGCGGAGGUUCACCCAUAUUUAGAAGAGCACAUGGAUAGUUUGCGUGCGGAAUUUCCAUCAAAAGGGGAAAGGGGACUAAUGCAGUUGCAUAAUAAGAUGAAGAUGUUUAUUCUUUUUGAGGGAUAUGACAUUAAUGGGUAUACAUUCUGGACUGAGCAUCGUGAUCAGAAAUCCUCAUCGACUCAAAAUAGUGGUGUCACGCUUGUGGCUUCAUCAACAGAGUUUGCCAGUGCGAAGGAUACAUCACCGGUUGACGCACAAUUAUCAUACUACGGACGAAUUCAGGAAAUAUGGGAACUAGAUUAUCGUGAGUUCAAGUUGUGUGAUAGGUAUGAAAAUAAUGAAGUUAGGAAUGGUAGAAGCUCAGUUUUUGCCAUUCUGUGUGUACAUAAAAUGGGUCGUGAUGAAGACAUUCACCACGCAGAGGUUAUGGAUGAUGAAGACCAUGGUAGUUCUCAAUCUGGUGACGAGUUGUAUGAUGUGAAUAAGGAGCAAGAUUUGGGCGAACCAGAAGACCAAGCUCAUGAUGAGUUGCGGCGCAGGUUUGACGCUUAUGAGAUGUCAGCUGAAUGUGCCCCCCCUAUUGUGGAUGAUAUUGUAUCCGAGUUUGUACAAGAUUCAAACGGCCGAAUGGAGAAGCAACGUCAACUGAAAACCAGCAGUACACAAAAGGCAUCGGGAAAGAGAAAG